UUUCGUAGGUGUUGCUGUGUUAACUUUGUCAGGCCAUAAUGCCAUGCGAUCGCAAGAGAAGUGCGGUGUGGACAUUGUUCACUGAAGAUGCGAAGACGAAGAAUGCCAAGUGCGAUAAAUGUGGUAUAUAGGCAGUAUUCUAAGCCGGCGACGGAAACCCUGCGGUACCACCUGCUGCACGCCCACUUAAUUCAAGUGCCAAAGGGGCGUUCUACAAGGAAAGACAACCGUGACGACGAUGUCGACAAUCCUCCUCCUGCUCAGGGUGCCAGUAGCCGGUCCAGGUUGAACAAGAUGUUGCUGGCUCGCCUGCAACAACUGGGGCUAUAACUAAAGAACCCACUAGUGGAGCUUCAAGCCCUCUACGCUCUGUUUCUUUCUCGUGCUCGGGAGCCACGGAAAAGUGUCUAUCCAGUGCUACCGCAUUUGCAAGAGAAGGAACACGUGACAAGCAUGCUACUGAUGCUCUCGGAUACAUGAUCGCACAUGACGACUUGCCUCUGAGCACGCCCGAGAAGGAUGGCUUCAAGACGUUCGUGAAGGCAUUGCAACCACUCUACGAGCCUCCCACUGAAGCUACCGUCACAAAGAGCCUCGAGGCAAAGUGCGAGGAGCUCAGAGCACAUUAUGGAUGGAGAAUUCAAGCAGCUGAUCAUCUAAACCUCACGGCUGAUCUUUGGACACAUGAAAGUACAACAUGGUCGUACCUCGGCCUCACGGUUCACUUCCGAGAAGGUACUAAACUAGUGAGUGUGGAUACUGGAGUUAAGUACAUGCCAGAAAGAAAAAGAAGUUUGAAUCUGCGCGUUGCUAUGCGCGAAUUGUGCGACGAGUGGAAUAUUGACUACAAGAAGGUUCGGGCUGUCAUCACAGAUGGUGGGCAGAAUAUUAAGGCAGCUGUCCGCGAAGAAUUUGGUGCCGAUAAGCACGUUUCCUGUGUAGCUCACCUUCUGAACCAAGUAGGUCAAGCUGCCAUUGGUCUUCCAGUGUCCAAAGCCCCUUCGGAACUUGAAGCACACGAGGUUGUGGUGGUCCCGGAAAAUGAAAAAGAUGCUGAAUUUGUGCUGGAGGACGUCCCUGAUGACGAUGCCCCCGACGAUGACGGUACGCCCCUUGUCGAACUCCGGCCGCUGCUGAUGAAGGUGAAGAGGAUCGUUCGUUUCUUUCGCACCAGCGAUGUUGCCUCACGAAUGCUGGUGGAAAUGCAGCUCCAGGACGGCAACCAGGAGCAUGAUGCGCUUAAGUUAAUCCAGGAAGUCAGGACCCGGUGGAAUUCUUGCUAUUACAUGUUGAAGCGCUUCUUGAAUUUGUCCGAGCCUGUCAUCCAGGUCCUCUUACAGCUGCCGAGCGAAAGUGGAGCCACUCGGCGAAAGACGCCAAAUCUACUCUCUGGUGACCAGCUUGACGUCCUUCGCGAAGUAAAGGACCUACUAAAGCCUCUGGAGGAAGCCACGCUUAUGGUUUUGAAGGACCGUUCCGUGACACUCGGCGAUAUAAUCCCCGUGGUGUACGGCGUAAAGCAGGGUUUCCACAGCUUUCAGCCCAGUCACCCCAUCACUUUCAAUCUGCAGCAAAAGCUGCUCUCAGAAGUGAACACGCGAUUUAGUGACAUCGAGUACCGGCGCCCAUACGCUGCCGCGACGAUUUUGGACCCACGGUACAAGAAGUAUGUUUUCGAACAUCCUCAGGCGGUGGCAAUGAUCGUCCGGCACUUAAGUGCAAAAGUUGCUGAAAAGGUUGGUGCUGCCGGCCGUGCUCUAGAAAAGGAUCUUGCUGGGCCGAAUACGGCGCCUCCUCCUUAUGGCAUCUGGGCCGCCGUUGACCAGGCACUUCGCCGCAACUGCACUGGUACAAUGGGUCAAGAGUCGGAAAGCCAAAUGCCUUCGCAAUUCAAGGCGUACUGCAACAGCCCAGUCGUUGAUCGUCGCGCCAAUCUCAGCCCACUGGAGACGUGGUACAGCAUGUGUGUGGGUUUGGAGCAUGUAUUUGAAGUGGCGAUGGAGUUUUUGUCGAUCCCAGCAACAUCUGUAGCGUCGGAGCGGUUAUUCUCACAUGCUGGUUGGGUGGCCAGUCAAAGAAGGUGCCGGUUGUCACCCGAACUCUUCAGCCAAUUAACAUCCCUUCGCUCUGUGGAAAAGAGCGUGUGGUUCAAAAACAUAAACCGGUAAUUUUCUUCUA